GCCGGGCUCGGAGAGCGGCGGGGGGCGGCCCGGGGCGCGGGGGCCCGGCAGGCGGCGGCGGCGGUGAUGCGCCGCGCCGCGCCGAGCCCUUCCCGCCGCGCGAGGUGAGCGGCGGCAGGAGCGCGGGCCGUAGCCAUGGGCACCCUGGGCAAAGCGAGAGAGGCUCCGCGGAAACCUUCACAUGGCUGCAGAGCUGCCCCGAGAGCAAAACUAGAGGCAAAGCCAGCCAGCAGCCCCUUCCCCUCCCAUCCCAGCCUGGCCCAGAUUACCCAGUUCCGAAUGAUGGUGUCUCUGGGACAUUUAGCCAAAGGAGCCAGCCUGGACGAUCUCAUUGACAGCUGCAUUCAAUCUUUUGAUGCAGACGGAAACUUGUGUCGAAGUAACCAGCUGCUGCAAGUCAUGCUGACCAUGCACCGCAUCAUCAUUUCCUCUGGCGAGCUGCUCCGGAAAGUGAUCACCCUUUAUAAGGAUGCCUUGGCAAAGAAUUCACCAGGACUUUGCCUGAAGAUCUGCUAUUUUGUAAGGUACUGGAUCACAGAAUUCUGGAUCAUGUUCAAAAUGGAUGCCAGCUUGACAAACACUAUGGAGGAGUUUCAGGAACUGGUGAAGGCUAAUGGUGAGGAGAUACACUGCCGCCUGAUUGACACAACCCAAAUCAAUGCCCGUGACUGGUCCAGGAAACUUACUCAAAGGAUAAAAUCAAACACCAGCAAGAAACGGAAAGUGUCCCUCCUCUUUGACCAUCUGGAACCAGAGGAGCUAUCUGAGCACCUGACCUACCUUGAGUUCAAGUCAUUCCGGAGGAUAUCUUUCUCUGAUUAUCAGAAUUACCUUGUGAAUAGCUGCGUGAAGGAGAACCCCACCAUGGAAAGAUCCAUUGCCCUAUGUAAUGGCAUCUCCCAGUGGGUCCAGCUGAUGGUGCUCAGCCGUCCCACCCCACAGCUCCGAGCAGAAGUCUUCAUCAAGUUCAUCCAGGUGGCUCAGAAGCUCCACCAAUUACAGAACUUCAACACACUGAUGGCUGUGAUAGGCGGGCUAUGUCACAGCUCGAUCUCCAGGCUCAAGGAGACAAGUUCACAUGUCCCACAUGAAAUUAAUAAGGUUCUGGGUGAGAUGACUGAGCUGCUCUCCUCCUGUAGAAACUAUGAUAACUACCGGCGAGCCUAUGGGGAGUGUACCCGCUUCAAGAUCCCCAUCCUGGGGGUGCACCUCAAGGACCUCAUCUCCCUAUAUGAAGCCAUGCCCGACUAUCUGGAGGAUGGGAAGGUGAACGUCCACAAGCUGCUGGCCCUUUACAAUCAUAUCAAUGAACUGGUGCAGCUGCAAGAGGUGGCUCCACCCUUGGAGGCUAACAAGGACUUGGUGCACCUGCUGACGUUAUCCCUAGAUCUCUACUACACUGAAGAUGAAAUCUAUGAGCUUUCUUAUGCCCGGGAACCAAGGAACCACAAAGCCCCACCACUAACACCUUCAAAGCCACCAGUAGUAGUGGACUGGGCCUCUGGAGUAUCUCCCAAACCUGACCCAAAGACCAUAAGCAAACACGUCCAGAGGAUGGUGGAUUCUGUCUUCAAGAACUAUGAUCAUGACCAGGAUGGAUACAUUUCUCAGGAAGAGUUUGAAAAGAUUGCUGCAAGUUUUCCAUUUUCCUUCUGUGUGAUGGACAAAGACAGGGAAGGCCUCAUCAGCAGAGAGGAGAUCACAGCCUACUUCAUGAGGGCCAGCUCAAUCUACUCCAAGCUGGGCCUGGGCUUUCCUCACAACUUCCAAGAGACCACCUACCUGAAACCCACAUUUUGUGACAACUGUGCUGGAUUUCUCUGGGGAGUGAUCAAACAAGGAUACCGAUGUAAAGACUGCGGGAUGAAUUGCCACAAACAAUGCAAAGAUCUGGUUGUGUUUGAGUGCAAGAAGCGAGCCAAGAACCCAGCAGCUCCCACAGAGAACAGCACCUCGGUGGGGCCAACAUCCAGCCUUUGCUCACUGGGAGCCAAAGAUCUGCUCCUCACACCUGAGGAAGGACCCUUCACAUUCCCUAAUGGGGAGGCUGUGGAACACAGUGAGGAAAGUAAGGAUCGGACCAUCGUGCUCAUGGGUGAAGUAAAUACCUUGAAAGCAGAUAAUGAGGCACUGAAGAUUCAACUGAAAUAUGCACAGAAGAAAAUAGAAACUCUCCAUCUUGCAAGCAAUCAUGUCUUAGCUCAUAUGGAACAGGGUGACUGUUCUUAACCCAGAAACUCAAGAACAAUGUGUAGAUCAAUAUAUCAGAGAUCUCAUUUUCUAAACCAAUUAACACAAAAAAAUCCCAGGAAACUUUAGACAGACAGGCUUUAAGAAGAGCACUUUAAAAGAGAAAGGCAAGAAAUUCAUUUUUACCUAAAAGAUUCCUAAUACGCAGUGUUGUCUUCUCUUCCAGUCAGUUGAAUCAAAAGGGAAAACUGAAGAACACAAAAUUUUUGCCAUUCAUACUAUAGACUUUCAUCCCCCCUGGGACUAAUACUAAAAACAUGAUAAAAAUAUAACUAUAGUUUUCUGACAAGGUAGCUUCUCCUGUGUGGCCUGCCUGGCAGCUUCUUCCUUAGAACUAAAAAUCUCUGAAAAAUGAAUUUGCUUCCUUCCCUGGGUUUUCUGUGAACUGAGGAAUUUACUAUGUUCCAUCCAAAGCUUGCUUAUAAUGGAAAAAUACUCACAUAGAUUCACUUCCUCUAUAUUCCAGCAUUCUUCACGAAUCUGGCUCCCAACUCACUACCUCAGAUCUACUCAGUUAGCCUUUGCCCCUUCCUUCCUCACUACGCUGAUCCAUACGUGAA